AUGCCGGGCGACAUUCCCGUCGGCAAACACGAUCCUGCUGCGGCGGACCCCGCGGCAUGGGCGCAGCUGCAGCAGCUCCCCCCGUCCGACCGCCUGCACACGGCGGUGCUCCCCAAGGGCGGAAGCACUCUGGGCGCGGGCGCGCUGGCGGAUGGCGGAAAGGAGGGGGAGGCGGAGCUGGCGCAAGUGGACUUGCGCGCGCUGAGCCACGCGCAGCGGGAGCGGCUGGUGGAGCGCGCGCUGGAGACGCUCGAUCAGGACAACGAGGCGUACCUUACGAAGCUUAAAGCCCGCCUCGACCGCGUGGGGCUGGCCGUGCCGGCGGUGGAGGUGCGCUUCGAGGACGUGCACGUCGAGGCGGGCGUGUACGUCGGCACGCGCGCGCUGCCCACGCUCCUCAACUUCACUCGCAACUCGCUCGCCGCGGCGCUGCGGUCGCUGCGCGUGGUGCCGGAUUCGCGCCGCCCGUAUCCGAUCCUGCACGGGUGCUCGGGCGUGCUGCGGCCGGGCCGCAUGACGCUGCUGCUGGGGCCGCCAGGCUCCGGAAAGUCCACUCUUAUGCAGGCGCUCGCGGGCUGCCAUGACAAGUCGCUCAAGGUAUCUGGCAGCGUGACCUAUAACGGGCAUGCUCUUAACGAGUUCGUACCGGAGCGCACAGCAGUGUACGUGCCGCAGAACGACGAGCACAUCGGCGAGAUGACCGUCCGGGAGACCCUCGACUUCUCCGCGCGCCUGCAGGGCCCGGGGCUCCGCAAAGACCUAGUGGCGGAGCUGGAGAAACGAGAGGCGGAGCAGGGCAUCGUGCCGGACCCGACUAUGGACGCCAUCAUGAAGGCGAUGGCACUGGAGGGCAAUCCCACCAACGUCAUCACGGACUAUGUGCUCAAGAUCCUAGGGCUGGACAUUUGCGCCGACACAGUGCAAGUUCUCCUGAUGGACGAGAUCAGCACCGGUUUGGACUCCUCCACCACCUUCCUCAUCACGCGCUGCCUGCGCCACCUCACGCACCUCCACGUCGCCACCACGCUCGUCGCCCUGCUCCAGCCCGCCCCUGAGACCUACGAGCUCUUUGACGACGUGCUGCUGCUCUCAGAAGGCCACGUGGUGUUCCACGGGCCCAGGGAACAGGUGGUGCCGUUUUUCAACCAGCUGGGCUUCGAGUGCCCCGCCAGGAAGGGCGAGGCGGAUUUCCUGCAGGAGGUGACUUCCAUGAAGGACCAGGGGCAGUACUGGAGGGGGGUAGCGGCCGGUGGGGGUGAGCAGGGGAGCGGGGCUGGGGCCAGUCAGCCGUAUCACUAUGUGCCGGCGCAGGCAUUUGAGGCGGCGUUCAAGGAGACGCAGAUCGGCAAGGCCACUGCGGCACACCUCUCGGUGCCCUACCCCAAGGAGAAGAGCCCUCCAGGGGCACUCGCCCACAAGCGCUACGCCCUGCCCACCUCGGAGGUCUUCCGCGCGGUGUUCGAGCGCGAGUGGCUGCUGAUGAAGCGCAACGCGUUCCUCUACAUCGCGCAGACCAUCCAGAUCAUCCUCAUCGCGCUCGUCACCAUGACCGUCUUCUUCCGCACCACGCUCACCGUCUCCCUGCAAGACGGCAACUACUACCUGGGCGCCAUGUUCUUCGGCCUCAUCAUGAUGCUCUUCAACGGCUUCACGGAGCUCACGCUGCUUGUCAUGCGCCUGCCGAUAUUUUACCGCCAGAGGGACACGUUUCUGUACCCGGCGUGGGCGUGGGAGGUUCUUGAUGCAGAUGUUGCUCUUCUUCCUCAUCCACCAAGUCGCAUAGCAAAGCAGUUUCGACCUGGAUCCAACAGCAACGUGUGGAUCUGGGCGUACUGGAUCUCGCCCCUAAUGUACGGCCAGAACGCCCUCGCUGUCAACGAGUUCCUCGCCCCCCGCUGGAACGUCUCGGCAGGGCCCCUCUUCCCCCCCACGGCCACCAUGGGGCAGGUGCUGCUGGAGAGCCGCUCGCUGGCCAUGGACGACAAUUGGCGCGGCAUCGGUGUGGCGGCGCUCAUCGGCUUCAUCAUUCUUUUCAACCUCCUCACCAUCCUCGCGCUCGCUUACCUCGAUCCGUGGGGCCGUCCCCAGCCGGUGGUGUCGGAGGAGCAGUUGGAGACGAAGCACGCCGCCCGCACGGGCGAGGUGUUGGGCGCAGCGGGCGGCAGCAGAAAGCGGUCCACGCGGCAGGGCAAGGGCACCAGCAGUGCUCUCGACCGCUACUGCACCAGCCACACCGGGUCGCGAGACGUGGAGUCGCAGCCCGAGUCCACGGAAGGCAAGCACGGCAUGGUGCUGCCGUUCGCGCCGCACUCGCUCGCCUUCCACAACGUCAACUACUUCGUCGACAUGCCCGCCGAGAUGCGCGCCGAGGGCGCCCCCCCCGACGCGCGCCUGCAGCUGCUGCGCAACGUGUCCGGAGCCUUCCGCCCCAAAGUGCUGACAGCCCUGGUGGGCGUGUCGGGCGCGGGUAAGACGACGCUCAUGGACGUGCUGGCAGGGCGCAAGACCGGGGGGUAUAUUGAAGGAGACGUGCGCGUGUCGGGGUUCCCCAAGGUGCACGAGACGUUUGCACGCGUGGCGGGGUACUGCGAGCAGAGCGACAUUCACACGCCGCAGGUGACGGUGCACGAGAGCCUGCUCUUCUCCGCGUGGCUGCGCCUGCCGGCUGAUGUGGACGUGGAAGUGAGGGAGGAGUUUGUGGAGGAGGUGAUGGAGCUGGUGGAGCUGGAUAGUCUGCGCGACGCCAUGGUGGGGCUGCCAGGGGUCAAUGGGCUCUCCACGGAGCAGAGGAAGCGCCUCACCAUCGCCGUCGAGCUCGUCGCCAACCCCUCCAUCAUCUUCCUCGAUGAGCCCACCAGCGGGCUGGAUGCACGCGCCGCCGCCAUUGUGAUGCGCACGGUGCGCAACACGGUGGACACGGGGCGCACCGUGGUGUGCACCAUUCACCAGCCGUCCAUCGACAUCUUUGAGGCCUUUGAUGAGCUGCUGCUGAUGAAGAGGGGCGGAGAGGUGAUCUUCAUGGGUCCCUUGGGCACGGACUCGCGGCUCAUGAUCGACUACUUCCAGGCCAUCCCAGGCGUGCCGCCCAUCCGCGCCGGCUACAACCCGGCCACGUGGAUGCUCGACAUCUCCACGCCCGCCAUGGCCGAAAAACUCAACCUAGAUUUUGCCGAAAUCUUCCGCAAGUCGGACCAGUUCCGCCGCAACGAAGAGCUUAUCGACUCGCUCAAGACGCCCCCGGCAGGCCAGCAGGACCUCGCUUUCGCGACGAAAUUCUCCACCAGUUACCCGUCGCAGUUUGUGGCUAAUCUGUGGAAGCGGUCGCGCAUGUACUGGCGGGCGCCGGACUACAACGUGGUGCGCUACUUCUUCUGUGUCAUCAUGGCGCUGCUUAUCGGUGGGGUGUUCUUCGGGCUGGGCAAGCAGCGCAGCACGCAGCAGCAGCUGCUGAACGUGAUGGGAUCCAUGUACACGGCGUCGCUCUUCAUGGGGUGGAACAACGCUGCUUCCGUGCAGCCCAUUGUGGCCAUCGAGCGCACCGUGUUUUACCGCGAGCGCGCCGCAGGGCUGUACGGUGCGGUGCCAUACGCGUUGGCGCAGGGAGCAAUUGAAGUCCCAUACGUGUUGGUGCAGACGGGCAUCUACUCGCUGAUCACGUACGCGAUGAUCCAGUUUGAGUGGACGGCCGGCAAGUUCUGGUGGUACACGCUCUUCAUGUUCCUCACGCUCUUCUACUUCACGUGCUACGGCCUCAUGGCCAUCGCCAUCUCGCCCAACGAGCAGCUCGCCAUGGUCAUCUCGGGAUUCUUCUUCUCCUUCUGGAACCUUCUAUGCGGCUUCCUCAUCACCCAGCCUCAAAUCCCGGUGUGGUGGCGCUGGUUCUACUGGAUCAACCCCGUCUCGUGGACCCUCUACGGUCUCAAUGCCUCACAGCUGGGAGAUGUGACAACAACGCUGCAGGUGCCAGGGGUGACCCCGGAUCCAACGGUGCAGGCAUAUCUGGAGGAGGUGUUUGGCUACCAGCACUCGUGGCUCGGCUACGUGGUGCUCGUGAACAUCGAAUUCAUCAUCCUCUUUACCGUCUUCGCUUACGCGCUUAAGAAGCUGAACUUCCAAAAUCGUUAA